ACGCCCUCUAAAUUUAGUCGAAAUAUGAGCGACGAUCCGGACGACUUCCGCGCGAGCAACUCGACGGUGCUCAUCCCGCUUGCGUACAUUGAGAUCAGCGAAGAUGUCGACGCGUAUGUGGCACUGCAGCGCAUGCGCGACGCCAAAGCGAUGGCGCAAGAGGCGCGAAGCAUGGCGUGGGAAGACUUUUUUGCCAAGCGCUGGAACGGCGACGAGCGUGCUGCGUCCAAGAAGGCGGCGGCGAACCUCGCGCGCCAGAUUGAAGCGCUCUCCAAGCACCAAGCCGCGUCCAGCAAUUUCGAGCUAUGGAACAUGGCGCUCGACUCCAAGUACUAUGAGUAUAUUCGGUACGCGCUCCGGGACGGCGCCGAGAUUCCACGAAGCAUGCUCUUGAGCAACAUCAGCAACGACGGCGUGACACCGCUCGUCAAGGCGUGCAUGCUGACCGACUUGACGCUGCUGCGCCUCUUGCUCGAGGCGGGCGCGGACCCAUCGGCCAAAUACCCAAGUAGCACCAACCCGUACAUGCAGUCGAUGUACCGUGCGGCCCUCAAAAAUGUCCAAAUCUUUGACCUCUUGGUGGCCCACGGCGCGUCGUCGCUCGACACCGAGCUGCAGUACGUCAACGACGACGGCAAGUCGCUCUUGCAUUUGGCGGCGGAAGGCGGUCACGUUGACGUAUUGCGUCGGCUUCUCGAACACGAUAUGACGCGCCACUUUGCACAUACACUGACGUCUCUCGGGCAAACGCCGCUGCACUUGGCGGUUCUUGGAAGCUACACGCGCUGUGUACGCGUCUUGCUCAAAGCGAUGACACCCGAGAGCAUCACGGUGUUCGAUUUGAAUGGCCACAACGCUUUGCACCUCGCCCUCAAGCACGAGAGCACGUUUUUCCACCUCGAGUCGCUCAUUGACGCCUUUAUCACUGCCGGACCGCCGGGCUUGUUCGAGUCGAUGGACGCGAAUGGCUGCACCGUCCUGCACCUCGCAAUGGGCCAAAAUCUCGAAAAGAUUGCGCUGCAGCUCAUGCGAUACGGCAAGACGCCGUUGAAUGUAUGCAACAAAAGCGGCUUGACCGUGCUGCACAUUGCGGUUGGGCUUCGGAACCACCGCCUCAUCCAAGCGCUCAUCGACUGCAACGUCAUGGUCGAUGUGGUCGACGAUUUGGGGCAAACGCCAUUGCUCAUGGCUUCGCUCCUCGCCGACACGGAAACGAUUAAACUGCUUUUGGCGGCCGGUGCCGACCCUGCGUGUCAGAACCGUGAGGGCCACACGUCGUUGCACUACCUCGCGACGUACUGCCGCGACGAUGUGCCCAUGCGUCUCUUGAUCAAGAAGGGCAUUGGCGUGAACGCGCGGUCGGGCAAAGGCAACAUACCAUUGCACUUGGCCGCCAUGAAAGGCAACGAGAUUGCAGCGCGCGUCUUGCUCGAGUACGGCGCCGACCUCUCGCUUCUGAACGAAGACAAGCGCAACGCGGUGUUUCUUGCUCGGCAAUGGGGACACACGGCGCUCGAAGCCUACUUCAACGACUUGCUCAAGGAAGACGAACCCAUGCCGACGCCGCCCAUUUCGAUCGAGACGGCGUCAGCAAUUGCCUCCAAGCUCCUUCGCCGUUCCAAGGAAGCCAAGACGCAGGUGCACAUCAAGCACAUGGCCAAGUCACCAAAGCGAUCGCCGACGGGCAAGGCCCACCACGGGCGGCUGCCGUUGCCACCGCUCUCACUUGACGAGCCGUCGUCGAGCCGCUCGAGUGCCCUUGCCGAGCCCGCGACCGAACCGACGGACGAUCUCGUGCUGGAAACCAUGAUCGAGACGGACUGGGAGCACAUGUCGAUAAGCGGGGACUCGACCUUGUCCGAGCCAAUCGAGCCACCGGCGCCGUACAAGGUGUGCCUCACACCCUUUGUAAAGCGGCAACUCGACGCCGCAAGCGACAUUCGGCCACUACGGAGCGACGUGCAAGAGCUACUGCGGCACAACCAGCCACUUGCGCCGUUGCGCGAACACAUUCGCACGAAAAGCACGCUGCAAGCCCCCGGCGGCGUGCACAUUCCGUGGCACUUGACCGUGCCCACGGGCGGCGUCUCGCUCGAGCGCAAGUUCAAACCAUCGACAAAGCACCAAGUGCACCCGCACUACAAGGUGCCACGGAGCAUUCACGACGUGCGAGCCGAGAUUGCCAACGCGCGAACUUUCUUUUGGCAAGAGAGCGCGGUGAAGCGGCGGUCCCGGCAUGAUUUACAUCCGCUUUCGCGAUGACGUAUUUGAAUCGGAGAACCUCAAGCGUCCUGCGCUAUCCUGUUGCAUUGUUUUAGUUGAAAGGUUAUGUCUCGUUUGGUGACUGC